AUGGUUGGAUGGAAGGCGGCCUCAUCUGUCAUAGUUGUGAGUUGUAGCACCGGACGUGUGCUAGUGAUGCGACGUGGAUCGUCUGCUAAGUUCAUGCCGAAUGCGUUGGUGUUUCCUGGUGGCGUGGUAACACCUUCAGAUGAGAAGCUUGGACCUCCAACCAAGAUUGCAGCAUUGAGGGAACUAUUUGAAGAGACUGGACUAAUCAUUGGUCAGCAGGAAUCAGCAGUAACAUCAAAAGAACUUGAGGAAUUGCAGGAAAAGACCAAAAGUAAUCCGGAGUACUUUGAACAGGCUUGUCCAACUCCACCAGUUGACAAGUUAAUUACGUGGAAUACUUGGCUGACGCCGUCGUCCUACAAACAACGAUACAUGACGUCAUUUUUUCUUGUCCAGAUAAAUGAUGAACCAGAAGUGCGCAUGUGUGAAAAAGAAAUGUCCUUCUAUUCGUGGGCCGAUCCAAAGAACUGUUUGCAGAAGGCAUCAACAGGCGAAGUGAUCUUACCUCCACCACAAGUGUAUGAGUUGACUAGAAUUAGUCAAACACCAUGUGAUCAACUGCAUCUUCAUGGCAACACAUCGUACGUUCUUUGUCCGCAGCUUAUCCGUGGGCCUGACGAAACUAAAAUUUCCAACGUCCUACCUGGUGAUCACCUUUACAUAGAUGAAGAAGGUUUCAAUCAACCCAUUAGGCGGCUUUCGUUGGAAGAUGUCCAAAUUGAUCCGCAUAAGGCCACUCACCGAGCAGAGUACAAUCUCAAACCCUUGUAUUCAAAGUGCAACUUAUAUAUGCACAAUUUACCCACAAAAUUUCGUGAAAAUCUUCAUCAAUUUGAAACUAGUUCUAAAGAUUUGUAA